UUUAUUUUCUUCUAAUUUUCGCAUAAAUUCUUUUUCCAAUAAAGAGCUAAUGAACAACUAAAUGUUACAAAACAAAUUGAUAAAGAUGAUUAAAUAACAAUUUUAAUAAGUAGGAAAAGCUAACAAAUUAGCGAAAACUAGUUGUCACUCGAACCGGUGAAUAGGAAUAGGGGCGGGCAGCAAGCCAGCAACCGGGAUUUGUCAUACAACCCUUAAAUUGCUCGCCUCAACACUUUCUGUAUUACAUUUACAUAGUCAACGCCAACAUACAUUCCAGCUGAGUUGAGAAAUCAAGAUCAAGUACAUUUCUCACCUCUCUCGGCCUGACAUUGCCAAGUGAAUCUCUAAUCCUGCAAUGGCGAAUCAAUCCAGGGGUUGGACCAGCUCCAGAAUCUCUUCCAUCGCCUCUCGCAUUUUUUUCUUUAUCGUCUUCCUCCAGAUCCCUCUCUUCAGGGUACCAUGCAGGUCUGGUAUGUGCACGACUCCAGUUCAUGUGACUACUUCCCAAUUGGUUGCUAGUGAUGUCUUUCCAAUUGCAGCUGUAAAAACUCUUCUCUAUCCUGGAGCUGUGGCACAUGGACUAGUCAAGAAUAUGGCAAUUCCUAGUUGGAAUGAUCUAGAGAAUAUUUACAAUUUAACUAGUGUAAAAGAGGCUCCUUUGGCACUUGAUUUAAAGCGUUUAGAGGUUUUGUCGGGCAGCUACUUCUGUGUUGCUGGCGCGAUAGUUGGCCUUAUGAAGCCAGGAAGAAUGAGCAUGUUUGGUACACUCUUGAUAGUUUGGGGUCUAGUCAAGGAAGGUAUCCUUUCACGACCGGUGAAUACCGAUGCUUCCCAAGGCAUUUAUGUCUAUCCUACUAUGUUGCUCGCUAUUGUAUGUGCUUUUGCAUCUGUCAAGUAUGAUAUAAAGAAGGCCCUGAGAACUCCAGCUCCUAGACCCACUGCAAAACCUCUUCAGAGCUCUUCAAAAUCCAAGCUGAAAUGAGCUUCAGUGUUCUUUAUGGAAAUAUGCGAGUUGGACGCGGAAAGGUGCAUUGAACAGAUGAGAAGUGCUCUUAUUUUCCAAAUACAAUCUGGAAGACAAUUUGAGGACGCAAACUACAUUCAUGAAUUUGACAGUUUUUCUUGUAAACCUGAAGCAAUCUUGAACUUAGGAAUUGCCUUAUUAUGAUCAAUGAAUUGGUGCUUGUUGCUGCUGGUGAAAACAAGUAUGCUUAUUUUAUUUGGUUUCUUUCGGAUUCUCAUAAACAUAAAACGAAGUUGUACCUAGAAUGGAAGUUUUGGUUCAUGGGUCUUUGAAAACAAGUAUUCUUAUUCCUGAA